CUGGAAACUUCAAUCUGUCUACCCGCAUUUAUUCCAGAUCACAGUUAUGAGAUAAAGUUUAAUAAAAAUCUUUUCCUCCGCCACCAACGAAAUGAAAUCCAACCCUUUCUGAACAAGUGAACACAAUGAGACAGGACUGCGGAGGAAACCUCAUGUUCAACAUGUAUCUCUCAGAUCCAACAGAAAAUCUGUUGAAAGAAAGCAAAGGAACAUCCUGGGCUCCGAUAAAUACAGGAGUUCAAAAAGGGAGUGGGCAGAUUCAGCUCUGGCAGUUCCUGCUGGAGCUCCUCUCUGACAGCACCAACAUGUCGUGCAUCGCCUGGGAGGGCACCAACGGAGAGUUCAAGCUCAUCGACCCCGACGAGGUGGCUCGGCGCUGGGGGGAGCGCAAAAGCAAACCCAACAUGAACUAUGACAAGCUGAGCCGGGCGCUGCGCUACUACUACGACAAAAACAUCAUGACCAAAGUUCACGGCAAAAGAUACGCCUACAAGUUUGAUUUCCACGGCUUGGCGCAGGUGUGCCAGCCGUCCACCACCGAGCAGGCCAUCUACAAAUUUCAGGGCAACUUCUCCCCGAUCCCCUUCUCCGGGAUUUCCAAACUGAAUCUCGUGGCUCCUGGCGUGGGGCCUUCGGGGUUCUCCUACUGGCCUGGGUCCACACCAGCGGCUCUGUACCACAGCCACAACCUCCAGCCUCCGGGCCCGUUUGGCACCGUGUCCCCGUCCCACAUCGGCUGCGUCAACAACAUCAGCAGUCUGAGCAACAUCAACAACCACUACAACUGACUCUCGAUGCGUAUUUUAGACACACCGGGAAACCGACACACUGCAGUGAGGGAGGACAGACAAAUAGCACCAACACGCCGACUUUGGUGUUUGGCGGGGAAAGUAUGAUUUAGGCUCAAAGUGGUUCAAAAUUAGGUGUUUUAAAAAUGUCAUGUGAGGAUUUUUUAAGCGGCGCAAAGUUGUGUUUAAACUCAAAAUUAUGACCAAUGACACCGGAAGUCUUCUUGCAUGUAAGUAAGACACGAAAACCAAGAAAUUAAAUAUUUAAUUUAAUUUAAUUUAAUUUAAUUUAAUUUAAUUUAAUUUAAUUUAAUUUAAUUUAAUUUAAUUUAAUUUAAUUCUUGUGGAAAAGCGAUUACGAUCAGAUUACGCACAGUCCUUUGAACCUGAGCGCUUAAUUUGAUCCAUAAAUAUUCCAAAUAUGAAAUGUCCUUAUUUAAGACACUAUCAGUGAGAUGGAAUCGGAAACCAAAUAAAAGUUUACACGAGGGUUGUUUUUGAAACAACAAAAAAAUAGUGUACAUAUAUUUAAAAACGUUGUAUAAAUAAUAAAUCAUCUAUCAGAUCCAUUUCCUAUCAGACCUCGGCUCCCUCGCUCUCUCCCGGCCCUUUCCCUGAGUUGAGUGUUUGUUUUUACACCUUCAGGUGGAUUUGCACCGACGUGGGCGCGAGCUGCCGAACUACCAUCGGACUAAUGGCGCCAUCUUGUGGUUAUGAAUGAAAACAGGCUUGUUGGACUGGAAUGAGACUGACCGCACUAUGAAUCAUGCUGUCACGUCGAUCACCGCUUGCUUAUAAAUCAGAUCAGACGUAAUGAAACUCUUUGUAGGAAAAACAAACCUGACGCAAUAAAAAUGAAAGCAGCGCACAGACACAGGGCGGAACUUGUGUGAAAUAGGCUGAGUAGAAACUGAAACUGUGAAUUCCCAAACUGCUCUGUAAAUACUGUAGAGUAGAGACCGGCUCAGACUAUAGAAGCUCUUCAGUGAUUUUAAAGUGAAUUCAUUCACACUGUGACUAAAACAACUGUACCAAUAAAAAUACAUAAAUAAACUCUU